CUUUCGGGAUUAUUUAUUACUCUUUCGCGCCCUCGCCGGAAAAUCGCCUUCGAUCUUCUCUCCCGUUCCUUUGUUCUUCUUUUCCGUCUAACAGAUCUCAUUUCAUGGCCGGCAGAGGCAAAACCCUAGGAUCCGGAGCCGCCAAGAAGGCCACCUCCAGGAGUAGUAAAGCCGGGCUGCAGUUUCCCGUCGGUCGUAUUGCUCGUUUCCUCAAGGCCGGCAAGUAUGCCGAGCGUGUCGGUGCUGGUGCUCCGGUCUAUCUCGCCGCUGUUCUUGAAUACCUAGCCGCUGAGGUUUUGGAACUCGCUGGAAACGCUGCCAGGGAUAACAAGAAGACGCGUAUUGUUCCUCGUCAUAUUCAACUUGCUGUACGUAAUGAUGAGGAACUGAGCAAGCUUUUGGGGGAUGUGACUAUUGCUAAUGGUGGUGUUAUGCCCAACAUUCACAAUCUGCUUCUGCCCAAGAAAACAGGGACUUCAUCAAAGAACGCUGGUGGUGAUGAUGAACCCUAGAUUUGUUUGUAACAGAAACAAAUGAACUGAAUCAUUAAAACAUGUUGAUGAAAUGUGGCCCUGGUCAAGAUAGUGCUUUCUUAUUUUGUUGUUAGAUUUUUCAAUUUUCUUCUCUUUUCCUUUCUUUUUUCUGCUUUGACAUCUAUUAAUUUUUCUUAGGUUACGAAUCUUUUCUUAUGGAAUUUGUAACAGUUCAAGGAGUAGUGCUAGAAUUUCACCUAGUGUUGUGAAUAUCAUCAUCAUCAUCUAUUAAUAUCACCUCCUACUUGUUCUUCAUACCUGAGAUUAUGGAAUUUUGUUCUGAGUA